AUGGAUUUCCAAUCGUUGCUUUUACAAUAUCGUUCGAUGAACACUGACCAUCUGCUCGAUGACGAGAUGGAGUAUGAACUGGUCAUUCGCGGAGUUGAAUACUCAAGCGGGGAAUCGCGUGACCUGAAGAAACGGAAAUUGCGGCACAAGCUGAAAGAGCAACGCGAAAUUAGUGAUUUUUCAAUGGAAGUUAUAGAUUCUGAGGAAGGAUGCAAGAAAGAGCUGAUGCAGGUAAAGGAGAAGUUGACCAAGAUCCGCGAUAAGCUUGAGAACAGUAGGACGAAGAAAACCGAUAUGUCGGCAGUGCAAACCAGGUUGAUUCACCUGUACUACCGAUUGGAUAGGCUGAAGGAUAUGGUAGAUGUGAAAGGAUUAGAAGACGAGGUUUUGAGGCUGUUGAGUUCCUCACGGAACGAAAGUCGUGAUGCAGGUCAAACUGUAGACGACAGAAUCAGUAGGAAUCUGAUGGGUCUUAGUAUCCAAGAAAAUGACGACUCCGGUGAUGUAGAUUGGCAGGAGGAAGACUAUUCAAGUGGAAGUACUCGCGAAGAUAAACGGAAAAAGAAAGUAGGCAGAAAGAAGAGGAUUGGCAAAAAGGCGAAAGCGAAAGCGAUUAGCCCAAAGAAAAAGAUUAGUAAAGCGAAAAGUGUAGGGAAGUCUGAAGAAAUGCUUAAGAAGUUGAUAGAUCAUGUGGACAGCUACAUUGAGGAACGAUUAAGCAGAAUGAGCGAGGAAAGGGAUAGGAAAUCGUCCGGGUCGGUAGAAUCUAACGAAAAUGUACAUCACGUAGUCCAGUUAGGCCAGAAAAUGGGAAGUAGGGAAGAGAAAAAGCAGCUUCAAAAGGAAAGGUUUGUCGACAGCGAGAUUGAAGAGGAAAGUGGUUCAGAAGCGGAGUCAGGAAGCUCACGAGGACUCAGGCGUAGACCUCGGUCAGUAGCAGACUGGAAAAUGCGAUACGAUGGGAAGGACGAUGGGAAGAAGCUGAACAAGUUCAUCGAAGAGGUGGAAUUCAUGGCGGAAGCGGAGGGCUUAAGUAAGCGGAUGCUGUUCAGCGAGGCCAUUCACCUGUUUGCGGGGGAUGCCAGGACGUGGUACAUGGACGGCAAAAGGAACAGGGAUUUCUGCAACUGGGGCGAGCUGGUUGCGGAAUUGAAGUUGGAGUUUCAGCCUCCGGAUAUGGACUUCCAUUACGAGCAACAGGCUGCACAGCGGAGACAAAGGCGUGCUGAGAAGUUCCAGGACUACUACAAUGCGGUAGUCGAAAUCUUCCGCUACAUGGCCGUUCCACCGUCGGAGGAAAGGCAGUUCGACAUCGUCUUCCGCAACCUUCGGUCCGACUACAAAAACGUGUUGGUUGUGAAAGGAGUCCGGACCUUGAAAGCCCUUCGACAGUGGGGAAGGAAGCUGGACUCGGUCAACAUGUGGAUGUACAGGGGCAGAGACCAGGAAUCUACGCAGAAACCGGCUCAGGUGCAUGAAGUUUCAGCGAAACCGUUCCAGAGUAGAAAUCUGUCCGGUGGCAAAACCUGGAAGGCAUCAGAUCAACCUCAAGGCAGCAGAGAGCAGAAUCGACCUAACUGGAAAAGAACUCCGGAUAAACCAGGAUCAUUUCCACCGAGGAAGCAGAGUGCUCCAACCGAUGGUGAGUGUAAGGAGAGUCAACCGGAAUCAAGCAGGCAGGCGUUGGAAAAACGAGUCGUGGAGUACAAAGAAGGACAAUUGCCCAUAUUGUGCAAAAAACCCGAAAGGAUCGGCGUAGGAGGUCGUCGAGUCCAGUCAAAAAAGCCUCCGACAGUAUUCGUUCCAUAUUGCUCGGAUGUUAGCGAGUUACUCGUUGCGGUAGAAGGAGAUAAUCGGCCAUUUGCAGGAGUAGAUGUGUUGGGAGUGCGAUUAGUGGGAUUGUUGGACAGCGGAGCGCAGGUAUCCAUCCUAGGAACCGGUAGUGAGAGUUUGAUUCGAAAGCUGAAGUUAAAGGUUUUCAGCACCGAUACGAAGGUUACAACAGCGGGAGGAAAUCAGUUGGCAGUUAAAGGCUACGUGAACCUGCCAGUAACUUUUGAAGGUCAAACGCGGAUUCUCACUACCUUGGUGGCUCCUUCGAUGAAGCGGAGGCUCAUAUUAGGUAUGAACUUCUGGAGGUUGUUCAAGAUUCAACCCACAGUCCAGAACUCCUUGGAGGAUCGCGAAGUUGCCGAGGCCGAGCGAGUAGAGUUGGAAGAAGCUAGUAUGCUGACAAAGGAGCAGAAGGAUCGUCUGGCAGAGGUGAAGAACAAGUUUAAGGCGUUUGUCGACGGAGGACCCUUGGAAACUACAUCGUUAAUCAGCCACAAAAUCGAAUUCGAGGAGAGUUUUCAGAACGCGCCUCCUGUACGUCUGAACCCAUACCCUUGGUCCCCGGAAGUACAACGGAAUGUGAACGAGGAGCUGGACAAGUGGAUAGCAUCAGGAGUGGUAGAGCGGUCGAGCAGCGAUUGGGCGUUACUGAUCGUUCCAGUAAUGAAGAAGACGGAAGAAGAUGGACAGCAGAAAAUCAAGGUUCGGAUGUGUUUGGAUGCGAGGAAGUUGAACGAGAGGACUAGGCGAGAUGCGUAUCCAUUGCCUCAUCAGGAUAGAAUCUUGGGCAGGUUGGGCUCGUCGAAGUACCUUACAACCAUCGAUUUGUCCAAAGCUUUUUGGCAAAUCCCUUUGGAUAAGGAUUCCAGAAAAUUCACGGCGUUCAGGGUUUUCGGGCGAGGACUGUUCCAGUUUACCCGGCUACCGUUCGGACUGGUCAACAGCCCAGCAACGUUAUCGAGGCUGAUGGACCAGGUCCUGGGUUACGGGGAACUGGAACCCAACGUUUUCGUAUACCUGGACGAUAUUGUUGUUGCCAGUAACUCGUUUGACGAACAUGUACGGACUUUGGAGGAGGUAGCGAGGCGACUGAACGCGGCAAAUUUGUCGAUUAACUUGGAGAAAUCCAAAUUUUGCGUUUCAGAGUUGCCCUACCUCGGGUUCAUUCUUUCGGAAAACGGAGUCCGUCCGAACCCCGAUAAGGUUGAAGCGAUCGUCAACUUCGAGAGACCAUCCUCAAUUCGCUCACUCAGAAGGUUUUUGGGGAUGGUUAAUUACUAUCGUCGCUUCAUUGACUGUUUUAGCGAAGUGACCACUCCCCUGACGGAUCUCCUGAAGGGAAAACCGAAGGUCGUUAGUUGGAAUCCUGAAGCGGAAAAGGCGUUCAACAUUUUAAAGGAAAAGCUGAUAACUGCACCGGUUUUGGCAAACCCGCGAUUCGACUUGCCGUUCAAGAUUCAAACCGACGCCAGUGACCUGGCAAUUGCCGGUAUUUUGACGCAGGAAGUCGAAGGGGCAGAACACGUCGUUGCAUAUUACUCGCGGAAGCUUACCACGCCGCAACGGGCUUGGAAAGCUGCAGAAAAGGAAGGUCUGGCGGCGUUGGAAUCGAUUGAACGGUUUCGACCUUAUGUAGAGGGAACCCGAUUCACGCUUAUCACAGACUCUUCGGCGCUGUCGUUCAUUAUGAACACGAAAUGGAAGCCCUCGUCAAAACUGAGCCGCUGGAGUAUUCUGUUGCAACAGUACGACAUGGUGGUCCAGCAUAGAAAGGGAUCAGAAAACAUCGUUGCCGAUGCGCUUUCCAGAUCAUUAGAGGUGCUGGAAAUUAGCAGGGAUACCGGCUGGUAUUCAAAGCAGUUCCGCAAGGUCGAGCAGGAUCCAGAGAGCUUCGCAGACUUCAAAAUUGAGGACCGGAAGCUGUUUAAAUUUGUGUCGGUGGCCUCGGACGUAUUGGACUACCGAUUCGAAUGGAAGCUAUGCGUGCCGGAGAAUCUGAGAGAGUCUGUGCUACGGCAGGAACAUGAUGACGUCCUUCACCCAGGAUACGAGAAGACCUUGCAGCGAAUCAAGAUCAGGUACUACUGGCCAAAAAUGGCAGUAGAUACCAAGCGUCACGUGCAGGCUUGUACCACGUGCAAGCAAUGUCAGGCGAAUCCUGUGGAGCGGACCAACAGGACAAUUAACGCGUGUUUGCGAACCUAUUUGCAGACAGACCAGCGGGUCUGGGACACCAGGGUCGCCGACAUCGAAGAGCUGAUUAACACCACCGUUCAUGCUUCGACCGGGUUCACUCCAUACCGGAUUCUCUACGGACAUGAGAAGGUCUUGAAAGGAGAAGAGCACAGGCGGGAAAGAGAUGAAGGAGAGCUGUCGAUGGAGGCAAGAGAAGAAUACAGGAAAGAAGUAGGUGGAAAACUAUUUGAAAAGGUGAAAGAAAACUUGGAAAAGAGUGAUGGAAAGAGUAGAAAGGUAUAUAAUUUGCGGCAUAAGAAGUUUGCUCCAGCUUACCGGAUUGGCCAGAAGGUGUUCAAACGUAACUUCCGGCAGUCCUCAGCUGUAGAGCAUUACAAUGCCAAAUAUGGGCCUCUGUACACGCCGUGCACCGUAAUCGCGAAACGGGGAAGCAGCUCGUACGAGGUAGCAGACGAAACCGGCCGUAGUCUCGUAGUAUUUUCCGCCAGUGAUCUGCGUCCGGAUAAUGAGCAGGAUAUGAAUUCCUAA